CACUACCUUCCUAUUACGGAAGAACAUCGGCCUCAAAAUCUGAGGCCAAAAAGUCCCCUGAAAGCGACCCAGUAGCCCCCUACAAGGCUAUUAUGCCAAUGGGCACUGGUCCGAGAAGGGGCUAGGAGUCGGGUACCUAUGGAUGUACCUCCCGUCAAACGGAUGUAGUUCCCCAGUACCCCGGGUAAUCCCGAAAAGGAUUAGGCCUAAAAGAGCCAUGAAGCACUACCAAGUGCCUCUCGUCCCACUCUCGUAAAAAUGGAGGUGCACCAGAAACUGGUUCCCUCCCAUGCCGCAGGUGCACGUACUACCCCUCCCCCACCACCUAGCCCAACCCACCACGCACUGCAAAACACUCCAACGGUGACCAGCGUGUUCGAUGUGGAUAUGAUAGCUCACACCCUCGGGAAUGACCCCAUCCCCGGGGCGAACCCCCAAUUCUCUACGCUCCCUAUAUCACUCAGCAACCACACGUGCCCCCCCAUUACCACGCCUCCCCGCCCCCAGGCUCUCACAAGUUCUACAUCUGAAACUCUGAAACGCCUCCGGUCCCCGGAAUCUGCAAAAAUCCAAGGCCCUACUCUUGCCCCACCCCGUGUUAUGUUCCGGGUCCCUGCUAACACCGACGACCCUUUCCUUGCAAACUACAAUACCCCAGUAGCCACAACGUUACCCGCUAACAUCCACCCAAAUCCGGCUACAACUGAUACCAACAGCUCAACCGACCCUCCCCACUUAACUCGCUCCCCUGCGCCCAUGGACGCCCCUGCACAGGCCACUGCCACCGCUCUGAGACCCCUAGAUGACAACCCAGAUUAUAACUACAUCGACCUCACGGGAGAGCUGGCCAACUUCCGUGCCCACGGAGCCCGCCCAGCUCGCAUCCUAGCAAACAUUGAUGAAACCUGCUUCAACCAGUGGAUUACGACUCCGAGAGCAAUCCUAAUCUACCCCCUCGAUGCUAAACAUAGUCCUGAGAACGACCACAAAACGAGGAACGACCUCACAAUCUUCCUAACCAGAGCCUUCCCCUUAUCCACCCCCUUCAUCAAGGUCUGCCCCCCCAUUGCCAAAGGAUAUGACCCCGCGGGGGCACCCUGGGGCUUCCUAAUCGAAGGUCUCCACCCCUCCCAUGCCCACCUUCUGGUGACCAGACACCUCUGGAUGAGCCGCUCUAUCUGCUUUAUUGCCAUUGAGCUGGCCACCUAUUGCCCGACAAGCUAUGUCGUGACCCUUAAAGACUUAGGUGCAAACCUCGAUGAAAGCGCAGUUGUCGCCGAUGCGGUAUCCCAGAAAAUCCAAGAACCAAACUCGAUAUUCAAAACUUUCCUCGAAAAAGCUAACAUCGACAAGGAUGAUAUCGCGAGGAUUGCCAACAGCUGUGUUGCAACUCCAAGAGGAUAUGGCCCUGCCACCCACCUCUCCCGUCUCACCGCGACAGAACGCAGGAUCCCCCAACCAACAUCGACGCAUCGAUGUGGGAGAUCCACCUUCCAUCCCCCUUCUUCCGCGUCACGGACUGUGCCCCAGGAACUAUGAACAACAUACAUGACCAAUGGACUGGCCUCUUCAAACUCUCAACCUUCUCGGGCGACACAACCGGAAAUGGCCGCGCUGUCGGUGGUCCAACCUAUCGCCACACAUGCAAGGCCAUUGACCACAUCUUCUCUGUCUGCCCGAUCCAUGACCACUAUGCAUGGCGCGAGCUCAACCCAUCUGCUGGAAAGCCAGAACCGGGCCCCUCAACUCCCCAGUCCCCCCCACCCAACCACAACUGGAAACCCCACGGAAGAGGCAGAGGAAAAGGAAGAGGCCUAGGCCCCGGCAACCAUGCCUGGUCCUAAUCUCUGUCCCACCGUAAAAUCCCAGCCAAGCCCUCUUCUCCUCCUCCUUCCCCAACCUUUAAACAGGAGGGAAUGUAGUCCGGCCCCCCAAUCAGCUGCUAACUACCUGUAAAUAUAUCAUGGCCGCAUUUCAUUUCCCUUCAUUCUUUUCCUCUCCCCUAAAAAUAUACAGUCC